GGAUGUGUCUUCUUAAGGUAAAAGUGUAUUACAUUCUGUGUUGUGGACGUGUCUUCUUAAGAACCCAGCCCGAGGUAUGGCGACAGGUACGACGUAGACCUGGCUUCUAGAAAGCUCAAAGACGGCAUCAGUAAGAUCAUCCACAACUCGCUGGGUCGGGAUUUUAAACUGCCGAGACUAGACAACCCUGAGGACUAUUUUUUUUCUGAUCGCUCACCCGCUUCAAGAGAAGACCCUACGGUCAAGGUUUGCCACCCCGCUCAAUUUGCUCAAUCAGAAGACCUAGAGCUGACCUCACACAAUGAAGACCUAAAUCUGACCUCACACCCAGAAGACCUAAAUCUGACCUCACACUCACGUGAAAGAAACCAUCGAUCGAAUCACAACUUGAAAUACAGCCAUGAAAACAUUCCGGAAACAUCCCCGCCAUUCUCAAAACCUAAUGACACCAGAUCUCUAUUUCUGAACGGCGUUGACAACAUUCACGAUUCAAAUUUGACCCAUUCCCAAAUGGAGCAGCCAGUUGUGUUAGAAAAAUUCAAAAUGAAGAAUGACAAGGAAUUAAAUGGAAGUGAUCGUUACUUGGAUUCUAACAAAAACGGACCAACCAAAGACUUCAUGGAAUUUAAAGAGAGGCUAGAAUCUGGAGGAAUCUCUGAGUAUUCAAAUGGAACCUUGCCCGGGGGUAAGGCAGAGAGCAGUGACACCCAGGGGGACGACGGAGGCCCCUGUGGUUGGGGGAGGUUUAGGAUUGGAUUCUGUCAGAAGUUUCGGGACCCUCGCUGGUUUCUGGUGGUACUCACUUUAUGUGGGGCAUGUCAGGGUAUGGCUGUGAAUGGUUUUGUAAACACUGUGAUCUCCACCAUAGAGAAACGGUUUGAAAUCAGCAGCACGGAGUCCGGGCUGAUAGCCAGUUGUUACGACAUAGUUUUUGUACUGCUAGUCAUCCCAGUGUCUUACUUCGGCGGCCACGGGCACAAACCCAGGUAUUUAGGCAUAAGUAUAUUAAUACUUGGGAUAGGAUCCUUUGUAUUUGCCCUCCCCCACUUCAUAGCCCCGUCUUACAAUGUGGGCAGCACAGAAGAAAACAAAUGCAAACUUGGGGUCAACGUCUCCAGUCCCUGCACGUCGUCUGAAUCAUCUGGUCAGUCUGUCUACAAGUACUUCUUCUUUCUGGGUCAAGGUCUGCAUGGCGCAGGGGCAACAGCACUCUAUACUUUAGGCGUUACUUACCUGGAUGAGAAUGUUCCACAAAGGUCAUCCGCUUUUUAUAAUGGGAUUUUCUACACUGGCGCCAUCAUUGGACCAGCUAUUGGGUACAUGGUUGGGGCUGAGUUCCUCAACAUUUAUACAGAACUCACAGUAGACCCAAAGAGCUUGAGUUUAGAUCCGAACAAUCCCAAAUGGGUUGGAGCUUGGUGGAUUGGUUUCCUGAUCAGUGGAGUGUUUGGGGUCUUGCUGUCUCUUCCACUGCUGGCAUUCCCCUCCACCUUGCCAGGUUCGAAAAAAUAUGCAUUGGAGCGUGGCAAGGAAGCUCAGGUGAUGAAACACGGAGAUGUCACGGGGAGAGACAAGGGCAUCCGAGACAUUUUCCUCUCCAUCAAGCUGCUGCUGACCAACAUUCCAUUCAUGUUUGUCAACAUUGCAGCUGCAGCUGAUGGUGUCUUGGUGGCUGGAUUCUCCACCUUCAUGCCGAAGUUCAUUGAGUACCAGUUCGGUGUGUCAGCAGGGACAGCUGCGCUCUACGUGGGUCUGGCUGUAGUUCCAGCAGGAGGUGGCGCCACCUUUGCUGGCGGUUUCAUCGUCCGACUGUUCAACCUGAAAGUGCGUGGGAUCCUCAGACUGUGCACCGUCAUGUCCUUCAUCCUCUGUGCUCUAGCCUUCUCCCUUCUCAUGGAGUGUGACACCGACCCUUUUGCUGGUGUAACUCUUCCAUAUAAGGAGACCAACUUUAAAAACACAAUAUUUUUAGGGAAGAACUUGACAGACACCUGCAACGCAAACUGUGGCUGUGCUGAGGAAGAAUAUUUCCCCAUUUGUGGGCGGGACAAUAUCAUGUAUUUUUCCCCGUGCUACGCUGGAUGUCAAAAUUUCACAUCAAAAGGUGAUUCUAAACUGUACUACAACUGUAGCUGUGUAAACUACAAUGUGACAGACGCAGAUAGAAACGCGGGUACAACGCACAUGGGACACUUCGGCAAGUGCGAGUACAAGUGCAAGUGGCUGACAGUUUUCAUGGUGCUGUUUGCCGUCAUGAUUGUCUUUGUCUUUAUAACCUCCAUGCCUUCACUGACUGCAACUUUAAGAUGUGUACCAGAUCAUCAAAGGUCAUUUGGUUUAGGGUUACAGUGGAUUGUGGCCAGGUGUUUAGGAUCCAUCCCAGGGCCAAUUUUAUUUGGCAAGAUGUUUGAUCUGGCAUGCCUAGUCUGGCAGAAACGUUGCGAUGGAGAAGGGUCGUGUUUCUUCUACGACAACCACGACAUGAGCAUCAACCUCAUGGUGUUGGCCAUUGUCUUCUCCUUCAUAGCAGCUCUGGCAUUUUUGUUAGCUCUGUGUUUUUACAGGGUACAAGAAGACGAUGGUACUGAAAUAAAAAUGACAGAAAAUGGUGAAGAAAUCAGAGUGUGCUCAAGUGAGACAAAUUCUUCCGUACAUUUUGACAAAAACAGAUCAGCUGUUGAUAUCAGUGAUAUUAAACUUAAAGAAAAUCUCUCCGAGGAUAUUAUACCAAAUAAGUCUUCAUCAAAUCAUGUAAGCAAUGGAAGGACGUGAUUGGCUGUUACAUUAUGCGAUAAAAUGUUGGAUUGGAUUUAUUUAUGAUAGUGUCUUACUGGCAUUGCACCCAUCCAUGGUUGUUGAUAUACCUGUAUCUAUUUAUAUAUAUUUUCUUUGCACAUUUUAAUUGAUAAAUGUUUUUAUUUUCAAACUGAAGUUAAUUUUAUUGUGAAUAGUUAAAUUUUAUUCCAGUGUUUGCCAGCAUCUUGGCGCUAUAAUUUUAUUUAUUCCACUGUGAAAAAGGAAUUUUAAAUUUUUUAUUAAAGAAAGUGUUUUGAGUGCUGAUUGGUUGAAUUACUCUACCAUCAAAUAAGGUGCCUUUUGAUUGGUUGAAUGACACUAGUGAAAAAUCUGUGUAGUGAAAAAUCUGUGGUUUAAAAACUGUUUUUUUUGUUAUAAAUGUGUAUUUGUGUGAUGUUUAUUAAUUAAUGCUGCAUUUAGACAAUCACAUUAUGAAUAUUACUUUUUAUUUUAGACUGUUUUUACUAUAGUCAUUUUUUUUAAAAAUAAAAUUGUUGGUGGUUGUUCCAUGUAUGUGAUUGGUAUCAGUUCUCAAAAUAGCAGAAACAAGUCUUCAGAAUGUCUAAAUUCUGAAACAACUAUAGGCCCAUAUAUUAUCAUCUCAGAACCAAGCUCCAAUUUUUGUUUUGUAGAUUGAUAUACUUUUCAAAGAUUUUUCUCUCACCAAUAUAGCACAACUUUUCCAUUUCACAAAGUGCUUAAUAAAGAAA